UUGGUUCCUCACUUCCAUUCGUACUCCCAAGUACUCGCACUCUCAGCAGCAAUCAGUUCGCCGCGGGCUUUCUUGCCGUACACUUGUCCUUUUUUCUCCUCCGAGUCGGACUCGAACUCGACUCCGAAAUUUAUUAAUAUCACCGAUGGCUGGCCCAAGGAUUUAUUUAACCCGCCCGGUGCUCCAAGUGCUAGUGCUAAUAUAAUUAUUUGAUAAACAAAAACAAGUACAUAAAUAUCAGAGGAUCUUUGUCGUGGGAAGUUUAAACGUGACUGCAUGCCUCGAGUGAUCUAGACGUGAACGAUGAGACGGGAGUGCUGACGACUGCUACUGGAUUUAACCAGUAGAGUCUUUUCCAGUGUUCUAUACUCUUCUUACAUACAUACAUAAAUAUAUAACAGUAUAAUAUAUAUACAUAUAUACAAAAGGUAAAAGCGCAAGGUAUGGCGCCUCCAGACAGAAUGAGAAGAUGUUCGCCUCCACGGCCUGGAUCCGGUCUUAGUCAUUCGGUUCUUGAUCUGGCACAGAUCCGCGCCUUGGUCGAGUCCACGGGAAUGCUGGCCGGCUCAAUGUGUCCCUCCUGCGAGAUGCCAUUUGAUAAGGGCAAGAAGCGACGUCUGAUUGAUUCCUGCGGGCACGAACGCUGCUACUCCUGUCUCUUCCGCAGCGAGGCAUGUCCCAUUUGCUGCCACCACGCACCAGAUCGUCAAAUACGGGACGACGUCACUCACUACGACACCGGAUUCAGCUCAUCCGAACCGGUAUCCAUGAUUGCCAUUGACGACUGGAAUGACAACGAGGAUCCAUCGGCCAUCAACUCACUCUGUGGCAGCCCGCUGCCAAAAUCAAAGUUCUCCCGGUCGAAUAUCGUCUACCGCUCACAUGGCCAAGACGUAACCGGAAAAGGUCCUAAGGGCAAGCCACCAGCUCUCCCGGAGUCAGUGACGUCGAGGCACAAAUCACAUAUGGCAGCAAGCUGCCCGACGCCACCUAACCAGCGACGGAGAUUCUUUCUCAAUCCCAAAGGUCUUCGCAGCCCCUUUGCAUCACAGAGAGCCAAAAAAUGUAGUCCCGUUGAUGUCGACAACCCAUCAGCUCUAUCAGCGUGGAUGACCACUUCCUGGGAGGGUACCUCGAGAUGGCCAGGAGUCGUGCUCGGUAAAAUAAAGUCACUUUGGAGCACGAGUCAGGGGACUGCCAGUGAUGGAUUGAAUCAGCUGAUUGAUCCACCAACUAAAGAUGACAGGCUCACGCGACUCGUGACCCCUACUAGAAAAGUCACCGAUGUAGCAGCCAGCCAGCAAUUUGCAUCCAACCGCGGAGCUACAGACGAUGAAGGAGGAAGCGUCAAGCCAUUGUCUACAAAAACGCGAAAGUCUUCGCAGUCUGACCUCUAUAUGCGGUUGGGUUUGCUCCUCGGGUCAAGUAAUUUGCGGCCGAACCCCGCGGUCGAUACGACAGAUUUCUCUGGAUCAAAUCGGCCACCCUCGGGGGCUACGUGUGUGCGACCCGCGACCCGUUUGGACCCACGGGGUCACGACACCUCGUUCAGCAGCCUGACGAGUUUCGAUCAGCAGACGAUGGCCUCCACAAACACUAGCCCGGUGUCGACGCUGACGGGGACCUCGAGCGAGGCGGAAGUAGCCGCGGCGCUGAGAACUAGCAGUUCGAAAACCAAAGGAAAGUCAAAAAUAAAGGGGAAACGUGACUGUGAUUCAGCAGGAAGUUUAGCUUCGAUAUCGACCUCCAUUUCAGCUUCGACCUCCAUGUCAAUGUCCAUGUCAGUUUCGGUGUCUGGACUUUCUAAUGGCAGCAGUUCGAGUCCCUUGACAUCGCGCCGUCACUCAAAUGUAGCCCAUCAAGAGCCAGAUGACAAUACUGGUCUGAAUAAACGUCGGUCUUGCGCAAGAAGAAGUGCCCGUAAUGGAAAUGUUAAACCGAUCGAUUCAAAAUUACGAUUUGUUCCUCCUCACUUGACAGCUCAACUUACCCUGAAGCCUUUGUUCUUUGAAGUACCGUUGAUUGAAAGGGAGCCUUUGUUCACCGGCAGAAAUUGGUUGCUUCAAGAAUUGGAGACAGUCAUCAAAGGAUCCAGUCCCGGAGUUUUGAUGACCGGUUCUCCGGGAACCGGUAAGACAGCUUUGAUUCUACAGCUCGUUGAAUACAGCUGCUUUGGUCGACGAAGAGAACAGUCACUCCGUGCCGAAAUAGCCGAAUGUGACGAAGAUCUUCCAGAUAAACAGAUACCAGUCACUGGUUUUGAGCAGAGCAUAAAAAACACAAAUGAUAAAAUCCGACAAUUAGCUGCGCACGUUGUCGCUUAUCAUUUUUGCCAGGCGGAUAAUAAUAGCACGUGCCUUGUACCAGAUCUCAUUCACUCACUGGCCGCGCAAUUGUGCCAAGCCCCACAAUUGAUUGCCUACCGUGAGUACUUACUUUCCGAACCCCAUCUUCAGGGAUCUCUUUCGCAACGAGAGUGCACUGUUGAUCCGGAUUUAGCGCUCUCACGUGGCAUCAUUGAACCGAUGUUGAGUCUCCGAAAGUCUGGAAGACUGCCAGAAGUCAAUAUGGUGAUCCUGAUUGACGCCAUCUGCGAGGCUGAGUACCAUCGACCUGAUCGGGGUGACACGAUAGCUUCAUUUCUGACAAGACACGCACCCAAUUUCCCCGGAUGGCUCAAAAUCGUCUGUAGUGUUAGGACUCAGCUGCGCGAAUGCGCCAAACAGUUUCCGUACACGAGGAUCUCCUUGGACAGAAACACAAACGACCCGGCUGGCAGCAAUAUCUCACGGGAUUUGGCGGACUACAUAAACUACAGAUGCGCGCAGAAUCCUGCAAUACAGGCCAACGUCACAGCAUCUGUGAAUGGAAAGGAGUCUUCCUGCGGUGCUAAUCAAACGCGAUUCGCUUCGCAUUUGCUUUCGCUUGCCGGCGGAAGCUUUCUGUUUGCCAAAUUAACGCUUGAUCUCAUUGAAAGUGGCCAUCUUGUCGCUAAAUCAGCGAGUUACAAGGUGCUUCCAGUAUCGCUGGCUCAAAUCUUCCAGUUGCAUUUCAAUCUUCGGUUCCCCACUGCCACGUCUUUUGAGAAGAUUCAGCCACUUUUAGGCGUUUGUUUGGCUGCAUUGUACCCGCUGACUUUGCCAGAAAUCUUCUACUCAGUAAAUUCACUCUACACUGACCAGUUUGUUUCAUGGGAAGACUUCUUGCAGAGAUUCAAAAUGCUCUCUGGGUUCCUCGUGAAACGCCUGGAUGACACGUACAUGUUCUUUCACCCCAGCUUCAGGGAAUGGCUGAUCAGACGUGACGAUGGCGAGUCAACAAAAUUCCUCUGUGAUUUACGUCUGGGUCACAGUGCAAUAGCAUUCCGUCUGUCUCGGCUAGAAGCGCCACUUGACGGGGAUCGAGUCCUAGAACUAGGACACCAUGUGCUGAAAGCCCAUGUCUACAGAGGCGUUACCUCCAGUUGGCCAUCGCGAGAUCUUCAAGCCUGGUGGAUCACUUCUUCAACAUCUUGCGUCUCAUCAGCACUCUGUACACUUCGGAACAUCUAUAGUCCCAAUGUCAAAGUAUCGAGACUACUCCUGCUGGCAGGAGCAUCUCCAAAUCAUAUUACCGAGUACUUGGGCAAUGCUCCAGUACUUUGUAUGUAUGCCCACGAGGGUUCCGUGGAAAUGGUAUCACUUUUGCUGGAAUUCGGUGCAGAUGUUGAGUUAACAAACAGUCAGGGCUGCACGGCGUUGUCUUUGGCUGCUUCGCGAGGUCAUUGUGAUGUCGUGAGACGAUUGGCAGCUGCUGGAGCUUCACUGGGUCAUGCUGACAUGGCUGGACAGUGUCCAUUGGUCCACGCAGCUCGCCAAGGAAGACUUUCUGUAGUCGGAUAUCUGCUAGCAUGUGAUUGGGUGCUACCGAACCAAGACUCUGAAGACACAGCUUCUGAUACUUCUCGCGAAGAGGCAGCGCAGCAGGCAGUAGUGGCAGCAGCUUCUCAAGGCCACGAAGCGAUAGUCGAGUACCUUUUGGACAUGGCCGAAGUAACAGUAGAUCGUCCAGACACUUUGAUCGGCGAGACUGCAUUGACAAUAGCCGCAGCUCACGGGUCCACGGCCACAGUAUCAGCUCUGCUUGCUCGUGGUGCCAGUCCACUUGCUACCAACGCCAAAGGAUUGUCACCACUGAUGCUAGCAGCGCGUGAAGGACACUGGGGAACCGCAGAACGUCUUCUCCAGUCCUCACUCUCCACAUCAACGGAGACGAAUCUUGAUGAGGCGGCAGCUCUGCUGGAACAGAGAGACUCAAUGGGCCGCACUCCUCUGAUGAUGGCUGCCUGUGAAGGCCACACCAAUCUAAUAGACAUGUUCCUCGAAAAAGGAUCCAUCCUAGAGGCCACUGACAGAGAAGGACUCACUGCUUUAGGAUGGGCCUGUGUCCGUGGCCGCGUAGCAGCUGCCCAGAAUCUUCUUGACCACGGAGCAAACAUCAGCGCCAAUGACAAGACUGGUAGAACUCCUCUAGACUUAGCAGCCUUUCAAGGAAACCCAAAAUUAGUCCAAUUACUCCUAGAACGUGGCGCAGCAAUCGAACACGUCGAUUUGCAUGGAAUGAGGCCACUAGACCGUGCGAUCGGCUGCAGAAAUGUCCCAGUUGUUCAGUGUUUCUUGCGCAGAGGAGCGAAACUAGGACCCGCUACCUGGGCAAUGGCCCAGGGCAAACCAGAUGUUCUACUCAUUCUUCUCAACAAACUUCUAGAAGACGGCAACGUGCUCUACCGGAAAGGCCGCCUCAAAGAAGCGUCCCACAGGUACGCGUAUGCUCUCAGAAAGUUUCCCGGCGCUCCAGAGCUGCUCCACGAUGCUCAGAAUCAAGAGCACGGAAACGUUAUGCUUCAUCGGCAGUCUUUCAACCAACUUAAGCUCAACUUUUUGCUUAAUCUAAGCAGAUGCAAGCGCAAAAUGAAUGAAUGCGAAGAAGCAAUCGAGCUUGCAGAUGAAGCUCUCAACACCAGACCCUCGUCUUACGAAGCUUUCUACGCCCGUGCGAAGGCUAAAGUCGACAUUGGUCAGCUAGAGAACGCUCUUGUCGACGUCCAAGACGCUCUGCAGAUCGCCCCGGUAAAUAACCGACAGGACCGCCGCGUCCUUUGCGCCCUCAAAGACGAAAUCGUAUCCAGGAUAGAGGGCACCGGUAUCGGGUGCAGUAAAACUGUCGCCGAUAUCACGAGGUCUCGAUUCCGAGCGUCCGUUGACACUCUAACAGAAUUAUAAAUAAUAAUAAUUAUUAUUAAUGUGAACUUGAGCUCUGGCUCUGGCCCUGGCCAAGUUGCGAUUAAGUGAUCGAUGAACGCACGAUUUAUUGAGGCCUGCGUAAUGUUGUAAUUAAAAUACAAAUUUACUAGUUAUUGCUUCAAAUUAAUUCCAAAGCAUUUUGUUUAAAUUAAAUUAUUAAAUUUAAAAAAUAUUUUGUUAUAAAUUAUAAAUUAAUAAUAAUAAUUAUGUUGCUGUCGGUGCAAUUGUAUCUCAAUAUCACUU